AUGGUUCCCCGUCUACGAUCCGAGGGACUUCAACCAGGUGCCGGCGACCUUCGCCGCCGUUGUACUGCAGUUUGCUUCGACUAUUGGUUUCCAGGGAUUUCAACAUCUCAGAAACCAGUAGUGUUAUCUUUGGCGCACUUGACGUCCUGGAGUGCAGAACGUAUCGCUCGAGCGGCGACUCUGAAGUGUCCCGUGGAUGACAAUGCCAUAUUGGCCGAGGAAGUUUGGGAUUUCUAUAUGGCCUGGGUCGAGCACUUGCCUCGUUGCAGGUCCAGGUUGGAGGACAUGGAGAGAAGCAUGUGGGAAAUCAUUCAGCAACUCAGGUUUGACAUAUUGGGGCCAUGUGCAAAAGAGCGGAACCUCUCGAAAACUCCAAGGCCUACAACCUUUACAUAUGCCAGACUUUGGCGUCCAACUGAGCGAUAUUCAGGCCCAGAAAUCCCAUCAUUUCUGCCGGAGGAUGGCAUCGAUAACUACCGAGCCUGCAUGACACUCGCAGAAAACGGGCCAAUGACUUGCUUUACCCCGGCAGAGUUCAAGAUCAUCGAACAACUUGGACCCCAUGUGCGGCCCAUGAUCAGAACAGUAAUGAACGAAUGCAUGGGAUACUUCGAACGGGAUAUGAUGACGGGAGAAUUCAACCGGAAAAUCUUUGACCUUCACCGCCAUCUUGGCAAAAUAAUGGAACUGGGCAACAGAGUAGUUGAGCUUUGGUGCCAUAUGUUUGGCUCGGUCGAAGUCUUUGCGGACUCGUGGAACGUCAGAGUUAGGAGGGACGAAGAAUCGGGAUACGACGAGCAAGUGGAUGAGGUGGUAACUCAGCUCAAGGAUCAGGUUGAAAUCUCCAAACAGCGACAGAUCAAGAAAUCAAUUACCCAAGGAAGAUGUCUCGUUUACCUGAAUUCGAGCCCGCAAGCCAUCAAAAUGCUUGUCAUUUGUAUGAUAACCGAUCGGAUCCACGCUCUAGAUGAACUUCGCAACAACCGUCGCCAAGAAACAGGUGGCACUCUGACUGUCCAAUCUGCCGCGAGACAUUCGGCGUUCAAAAUGAAGCCGGCGAAGUUGAGUGUCCAGUUCGACUUGUAUCUUGUUGUGGACAAUAUGCUGGUGAAAGAUGCCUCCAGGAAUGGUACCGAUCACCUGAAGCUCGCAGCUGCCCGGUUUGUAGGCGUACGCGUUCAAGUUCGUUUUUCGAGAAGUUAUAUCAAAUCGAAUUCAAGUUUUCCCUUUAGCCACUUGACGAAUAAUCCUGAGGUUGAUGACCCUGGUGACUGA